GGUGUUUUUCCCAUGAUUCCCUCUUUCCUUUCGCCAUCUUCCCUGUCUCCCGGCGUCCGCAGCCAUGAAGGUCGAGCUUUGCAGUUUCAGUGGGUACAAGAUCUAUCCUGGACAUGGGAGACGCUACGCCAGGACCGACGGGAAGGUUUUCCAGUUUCUUAAUGCAAAAUGCGAGUCGGCAUUCCUUUCCAAGAGGAACCCUCGGCAGAUAAACUGGACUGUCCUCUACAGAAGAAAGCAUAAAAAGGGUCAGUCGGAAGAAAUUCAAAAGAAAAGAACUCGCCGUGCAGUUAAAUUCCAGAGGGCUAUCACUGGUGCAUCUCUUGCUGAUAUUAUGGCCAAGAGAAAUCAGAAACCCGAAGUUAGAAAGGCUCAACGAGAACAAGCUAUCAGGGCUGCCAAAGAAGCAAAAAAGGCUAAGCAAGCAUCUAAAAAGACAGCAAUGGCUGCUGCAAAGGCUCCCACAAAGGCAGCACCUAAACAAAAGAUUGUGAAGCCUGUGAAGGUUUCUGCUCCCCGAGUUGGUGGAAAACGCUAAGAUGCCAGAUUUUUUAAUAAAGAUCUGACUCACUCAGAA